AACAGAUAGAGAUAGCACAAACGACAAAAGAGGAAUAAAAAAAGAAAAAAUAAAAUCAAACGAAAUACGAAAGCAUAUGGUACAAGAAAAAGUGAAAGCCGUUCGUCCGCAAGGAAGUAGCCAAAGAAAUGUCAAAUUCUAGCCUGAAACUUUGAAGUUCUAAACAUGUUUUUCACACACAACGUAACAAACCCUCUCAAUUCAACAGAAUAUUGCAGGCCAAGUUCCAACCCGACCUCUUUCUUAAUUAUCUGACCCAGCAAACAAAUUCUCAGAACUUCAACAAGAAUUUUAUUAGAUUCGAAGAAGAAGAAGAAGAAGAAGAAUAAGAAGAAUGGCAUUUGCAGAAAUGUUUACCAGCGUUGGAUCCAUAAUCGGCAGUUUGGUGUUCGUCUGGGCAAUUUUCCAACAGUAUUUCCCAUUCGAGCUCCGCGCCUGCUUCGAGAAAUACUCUCAGAAAUUCGCCGGCUUCUUUUACCCCUACAUUCAGAUCACCUUCAAUGAGUUCACCGGAGAGGGCUUCACCCGCAGCGAAGCUUACAUCGCCAUUCAAAAUUACCUCACCAGAAACUCCUCCUCCCAAGCCAAGCGCCUCAAGGCCGAUUCCCUCCACAACAACCACUCUCUCAUCCUCACCAUGGACGACCACGAACAAGUUGCAGAACAAUUCAGCGGGGUGAAGCUAUGGUGGUCAUCUGGGAAACAAAUUUCCCAGUCCCAGACCAUCUCCUUCCACCCAGGGUCAGAGGAGAAGAAGUUUUUCAUGCUCACUUUCCAUAGAAGACACAGAGAUCUCGUAAUCGGGCAGUAUUUGAACCACGUGAUGAAAGAAGGGAAGGCGAUAAAGGUGAAGAACAGGCAGCGGAAGCUAUUCACGAACCAAGACGCCGAUUGGAGCCACGUCGUGUUCGAACAUCCGGCGACGUUCCGUACAUUGGCGAUGAAGCCGGAGAAGAAGAAGGAGAUUAUUGAAGACUUGAUUGCGUUCAGCCAGGCGGAGGAAUUUUACAAAGAAAUCGGUAGGGCUUGGAAAAGGGGAUAUCUCCUGUACGGCCCCCCGGGAACUGGUAAAUCGACGAUGAUAGCGGCCAUGGCGAAUCUUUUGGGCUACGACAUUUACGACCUCGAAUUGACUUCCGUCAAGAACAACAUCGAAUUGAGGAGAUUGCUGACUGAAAUUUCAAGCAAAUCCGUCGUCGUGAUCGAGGACAUUGAUUGUUCCCUCGAUCUCACCGGGCAGAGAAUGAAAAGGAACAACAGGGAACGAGGACGAGCAGAAACAGAAAUGGAUCCGAUGAUUAAAAUGGCGAUGAAGGAAUUUAGCGAUUCAAACCCUAGCGAAGUUACGCUUUCGGGGCUUCUGAACUUCAUCGACGGGCUGUGGUCGGCGUGUGGAGGAGAAAGGCUAAUCGUCUUCACCACGAACUAUGUGGAGAAGCUGGAUCCGGCGCUAAUUCGGAAAGGGCGAAUGGACAAGCUUAUAGAAAUGUCGUUCUGUGGAUUCGAAGCGUUCAAAGUUCUUGCGAAGAACUAUCUGAAGCUUGAUUCGCAUCCUCUGUUUUCGAAGAUUGAGAAGCUCCUGGGCGAGACCAGAAUAACUCCGGCGGAUGUGGCGGAGCAUUUGAUGCCCAAGGCAGUUUCCGGUGACCCUAGGGUUUGUCUGGAGAGUCUGAUCGAAGCUCUGGAAGAGCUUAAGGAAGAAGAGAGAGUGAAAGCGGAGCAGUACCAGAAAGAGAAGCAGGAACCGGCGGCUGAAUUAUGAACAACUUGCAGAUCGUUUCGCUAACUAUGGUUAAAAGGCUUUUUGAAGUUAAAAUUAUAAGAAAAUUUUAUUAAAAUGUCACUUGUUCAUAGUUCAUACUACAUUUUUUUUAAUACGUGACAGAAAAUUAUCUCUCACAUAUCUGAGGAUGAAAUUUUGUGGCAUUUACUAGCCUACUUUAUUAA